UGCUGAGGUCUGUGUCCUGUCUUGUACCCACUGUGCUCCUUCUGUUCCCCUCCUCCAGAGAGCUCACCAUGGUCAAUGAGACCCAGCAUACCUGCAGUGCCAGUUCCAGCUCCAAGUCUGAUGGUGGGAGCAGUAGCGGGAGCGAGAGCUCCAAGGACAGCUCACGCUGCUCUACCCCUGUCCUUGAUGCUGACCGUCAUGAGCGACUGCGGGAGAAGAUGCGCCGACGGCAGGACUCUGGAGACAAGUGGUUCUCCUUGGAGUUCUUCCCUCCACGCACAGCUAAUGCUGCUGUCAAUCUCAUCUCCAGGUUUGACCGCAUGGGAGCAGGUGGUCCACUCUUCGUUGAUGUGACGUGGCACCCUGCAGGGGACCCAGGAUCUGACAAGGAAACCUCUUCCAUGAUUAUUGCCAACACUGCAGUCAACUACUGUGGCCUGGAGACCAUCCUGCACAUGACAUGCUGCAAUCAGACCAAGGAUGAAAUCACAGGGCAUCUGCAGAAGGCCAAGCGGCUCGGGUUGAAGAACAUCAUGGCAUUGCGUGGAGAUCCUGUUGGUGAGGAAUGGGAGGAAGAAGUAGAUGGUUUCAACUAUGCUGUUGACCUCGUUAAGCACAUUCGCAAUGAAUUUGAUGAUUACUUUGACAUCUGUGUGGCAGGCUACCCUAAAGGUCAUCCUGAAGCAGAGAGCUAUGAGGCAGACCUGAGGCACCUGAAGGAGAAAGUCUUUGCUGGGCUCAAGUUCAUGAAGGACUGUCAAGCCAUUGGCAUCACCUGCCCCAUUAUUCCUGGCAUCUUCCCCAUACAGGGUUACCACUCCCUGCGCCAGCUGGUGAAGCUCUCCAAGUUGGAAGUGCCUCAAGAAAUCAAAGAUGUGAUUGAACCCAUCAAGGACAAUGAUGCAGCUAUCCGGAACUAUGGGGUGGAGCUGGCAGUGUCCAUGUGCCGGGAGCUGUUGGAUAGUGGCAUGGUGCACGGGCUCCAUUUUUACACCCUCAAUCGGGAAGUGGCUACUACCGAAGUCCUUAAGCGCCUGGGCAUAUGGAAGGAGGACCCCAGGCGGCCUCUGCCCUGGGCAGUCAGCGCUCACCCCAAGAGAAGAGUUGAAGACGUUCGGCCAAUCUUCUGGGCCUCUAGGCCAAAGAGUUACAUCUAUCGAACUCAAGAAUGGGACGAUUUCCCCAAUGGCCGAUGGGGUAACUCCUCCUCUCCAGCCUUUGGGGAACUGAAGGACUAUUACCUCUUCUACCUGAAGAGCAAGUCUCCCCGGGAGGAGCUCCUGAAAAUGUGGGGAGAAGAGCUGACUGGUGAGGAGAGCGUCUUUGAGGUGUUCACCUGUUACAUCACUGGAGAACCCAACAAGAACGGGCACAAGGUUACGUGUAUGCCUUGGAACGAUGACCCUCUUGCUACUGAAACCAACCUUCUGAAGGAGCAGCUGGAGAAGGUUAACAGACGAGGAAUCCUGACCAUCAACUCCCAGCCAAACAUCAAUGGCAAACCGUCCACAGACCCCAUUGUAGGCUGGGGCCCCAGUGGGGGUUAUGUUUUCCAAAAGGCAUACCUAGAGUUCUUCACCUCCAGUGAGAUCGUCACGGCACUGCUCAAAGUGCUGAAGAAGUACGAGUUGCGAGUGAACUACCACAUUGUCAAUGUCAAGGGCCAGAAUAUCACCAAUGCUCCAGAUCUGCAACCCAAUGCUGUCACCUGGGGCAUCUUCCCGGGCAGAGAGAUCAUUCAGCCCACUGUAGUGGAUCCUGUAAGCUUCCUCUCCUGGAAGGAUGAGGCCUUUGCACUGUGGAUCGAGCAAUGGGCCAAGCUCUAUGAAGAGGAGUCACCCUCUCGCAUGAUCAUCCAGUACAUCCAUGACAACUACUACUUGGUCAACCUGGUGGACAAUGACUUCCCACUUGAAAACUGCCUCUGGCAGGUUGUGGAUGAUACUUUUGAGCUGUUGAACUCUCCGACUCAGCAGUGAAAAUUCCUCUUAUAAUCCCUUACUUCCUCCUUCCGUCCACUGACUGCGGGGAGAGAAAAAGCAGCUCCUGUGCUGAUGGUGGACCACACACUCCUAAACCCAGUGACCAGGCUAGCUCUGCCAUCUACCCACACUACAUGCUCUUCUAUCCCCAACACAAAGGCUCCCUCACCCCCGUUCUCACUGAACAACAGCCAGAACUACCUGAACCUCUGAGCUGAGGCUCUAGCCUGAGCGUGAAGGCCAGCUCUGCAGGAUGAAGAGGUGCUAAUCGUGGCUAUGUUGAUUACGGUAACAGGAGAACUCUUGUGCAUCAACGGUGAUAAAGCUCAGUGGGAUUCUGGUAACUUUCUCAUGCCAGAAACGCUGCCUUGGGGGCAGAAACACUCCUGUCAGCAGUGCCUAAGCAAGGAGACUAUUUCAGCAGCUGCCAACCCUGAAAAGAAGCUCAAGUUGCACUCCUAAGAUGUAUUUCUUCAUAUCUGAUCAUAUCAGGCUCUCUUUUGCACUCACUCCAGAAGAAGGUUCAAAUUUUCUCCCUAACUUUUCUCCUUUUAUUAUAUUUCCCAUUUUCUUUUUAAUAGGAAAAUGUGAAUUUCAAUUCUGGAUUAGACUGAGUAGGAAUCACACUAUUUCUUAGAUUAAGUACAAUAAAAUACACAAAUACAAAUGUCUCCUGU